GUAGCUUGUGAAUGCCCACAUCCGGAAACUGUGAAUGCGGAUGCGCACACCGAUAGUUUCCAGAGGCAUUCGAUCAUCCCGCAUUGAAUAAUAACAACAAGUAGUUUCUAUCAGACCAAGAAGAUGAGGACAGCACAGCAGCCAAAUGGCUGCUGUGGUAAGUUUCCCGACUAUGAACCCAUUGCAAUUGUUGGUAUGGGUUGUCGUCUCCCUGGUGCCGAAAGCCUAUUGGAGUACUGGCGCAUGCUUCGUCGCGGAAAGGCGCAGAUGCAACCCAUGCCCAAAGGAACGGAGAACGAACGUUGGAAUGCCGACCACUUCUACGAUCCCAGUGCCACGAAACGCGGGAAAAUCACUCACGAAACCAUUUGUCUCUUGGAUCAAGUUGACAAAUUCGAUGCCGACUUCUUUCGUCUAAACCCAAAAGAAGUGGCUGAGAUGGAUCCCCAACAUCGUCUGCUCCUUGAGGCAACGUACGAAUCUUUGGAGGAUGCCGGUUGGUCUCUACAGGACCUUGCUGCUCCGGAUAACAACGUUGGAGUCUUUGUUGGAGCAUAUGCUCCCGACUGGACGGUAAUGGCCGCCUCGGAAAUGAAUGGCGUAAACAACUACACUAUUACCAGUCGUAGGUUGUUCAUGAUCAGCAAUCGGCUAAGCCACUGGUUUGGAUUGGAAGGCCCUUCCAUGACGGUGGAUACAGCGUGCAGCUCGUCGCUGACAGCCGUCCACCUCGCCGCCACAGCUCUUCAAAAGGGUGAGUGCCGAGUAGCCAUGGCCUGCGGUGCCAAUAUCCUCUUACAUCCCUACAUUAGCAUGGAACUCAGUCGUCAAGGUGUCUUCAGCAAGGAUGGAGCUCUCCGGGCUUUUGACAAAGAUGCCAGUGGAUACAUCCGUGGCGAGGGUGUGGGCACAUUGCUGUUGAAGCCCGCGGCUCAAGCUCGGGCUGAUGGCGAUCGUAUCUAUGCGCUCAUUGCUGGAUCGGUGGCGUCUGCCGGCGGAAAAACGCAGAUUAUCACGCAGCCCAAUCCGGACGCUGAAGCCGCAAUGAUGACAAGGGCAUUGCAACUUGCCAAGCUCAAACGAGACGAUAUUCGGUUCGUCGAAGCCCAUGGGACAGGUACUCCAGUUGGUGACGCUAUCGAAUUGAAGGCAAUUCUGGAAGCCUACGGAUUGGAUCAGCGUAGCUCAAACGUUCCCCGGCUCAAGAUCGGAAGCGUAAAGUCUCUCAUUGGGCACUUAGAGCCUGGUUCUGGCAUCGCCUCCAUAAUCAAGAUGGCUCUUUCACUGUACUAUGGAGAGUUUACACCAAACGCCAAUUUCAAAGAGCCAAAUGAUACCAUUGCUGGCAAGGACAUUGACGUGCAAGUGAGCGUGGAGUCCAUUGAGGACCACGGAAGUCACACAGCAGUGGGAAUCAACUCUUUUGGUAUUGGUGGAAGCCUUGGACAUGUCAUUCUUCAAACCGGUGACACCCAUGCAGAUAUCAUCAAGGAUUCCGGAACGAAGAGUGGUGCAGGGUGGACUUUAACUUUGCAACCACCCACUGAGGGGAAGCAAUUGUUCUUUCCGUUUUCCGCGGCAUCAAGGGUGGCUUUGAAAGGUCUUCUCUUGACAUGGCUGCGUCUCCUGGAGACACAGGAAGACCCAGGGCGAACUGAUCUGCUGCAAGGGACGAAUCUUGAAACUGAAUUCUUGACGUUCGACUCAUCCCUUGUGGCGUAUGCCCUGUCAAAGCGCAGUCAUCUGGCUGUACGAGUGUUGGUUGUCGCGAGCUCCUCAUUCGAGUUCCAAGCUGGUCUGAAGAAGGCCAUUGCAUCCGUGGAGAGCAUUCCGAAGAACUCGUUGGAGCUCCGAGCUUCCAAAAGCAAUGCACUAUUUGUGUUUCCGGGACAAGGACCACAGACCAUUUCAAUGGGAAAGGACUUGUACAGCAAGUUUCCUGGAUUCUCUAAGGCAGUCCAUCAAGUUGACAAAGAAUUUGAAGCUCAGUCAGGAGUGUCCAUCAUCCGGAAAAUGCAGCUCUUUCAACGUGACGAAAUUGACCCCAAGAACCCGAGAAUGAUGGAGGACCCUGCUUUCUGCCAGUCUGCCCUCCUUAUGUUUCAGAUUGGACUUUUCGAGGUACUCAAGGCAUUCGGAGUCUCACCAGCCAUCUGCAUUGGACACAGCGGGGGAGAAGUAGCUGCUGCCUGGGCUGCCGGAGCCAUCGAUCUUCAGGAAGCCGUUACAAUUGCAUUGGCUCGUUCUGUUGCCUUUGGCAGCCUGAACGACACAGGUGGCAUGCUGGUUGUCAACGCGGACAGAGCAACCAUUGAGCGACUCAUGAAUACGUGCAGCAAGAGUCCAAACUGGUUCUGCGAAGUCGCUGCCUUCAACAGUCAAACCUCCUGUGUGCUUGCUGGCAAUAAGGCGUCCCUUUGCAAAAUGGAAGAAACCUCAAAAGCGGAAGGGCUGUUUGCAAAGAUGAUGAGAACCACAACACCUUAUCACAGCUCAGCGAUUGCGCCCAACAGGCAGAAGAUGAUUCAAAUUCUUUCAGGAAAUCUUAGACGAGGAACCCCGCGAGUCCCCUUUGUCUCGUCUUCGCUUGGGCGCGAGCUAAAUGCUCCAAAGGAGACCGUCGACGAAGAGUACUGGUGGAGAAACGUCCGUGAGCCCGUUCUUUUUCACAAAGCCAUGCGUGACAUCUUCCAGAAGUCUGCGGCCGGUAAUCUGCCAAAAGUGGAUUACAUUUUUGAGCUUUCUAACCAUCCAGUCCUUGGGGCGACCAUUCUUGACGUAUUUCGCGAAACCGAUUUGUCAGGAAGCAAAGCACCUUCAAUUAUCAACCCAGUUUACAGGAACAAACCUGAAAAGGAAAGCAUUGAGAAUGCCUUGAUACGAUCAUACCAGCUUGGUGACAGCGUAGACCCUAUUUCGCUGGUAAAGGAUGUUGCGGUGCCAAGGAGUCCUGUUUCCUUUUUGCUACCUCGGUACAACUGGAAUCAUGAUACCUCCUUCUGGUCAGAGCCAAAGAGCAGCAAGGAAACCAGGCUUCAUGGCAAAGCUUCUUCAGGCGCAACGUCAUCGAGUAUUGAACGCGUGGGAUCUCCCUACGAGAUUUCCCUCGACACUGAUACGUUUCUUCAAGACCACGUUGUGAAUGGAGAAAUUGUUUUCCCCGGGGCUGGUUACAUGAUGACAGCCCUACGCUUCGUUGAUAUAUCGGAAGAGAGCAACAGUGGGGCGGCGAUUGUCCUCCUUGACGUCUCCUUUGAGAACCCUUUGAUUCUCUCCCAGGAGACACCGACUCCUGUGUUGCUGAAAUGGCCCAAAACUGGCGGAAACACGUCGAGAUACUCUUUCUCUCAUCCGACAUUGAACAAUGUGUACUCGGCAGGAACAGUUGGCACCAUCACAUCUGCAUUUGCUAAGCAAGCUUUCUACGAGCUGAAACCUCCGACGCUUGACAAGUCAUCAGCAACUGUUAUUGCGAAGGAAGUCUUGUACGCCAACCUCAAAAGGCGCGGCCUCGAGUACGGAGAUGCCUUUCGGAAGAUUCGGUUUGCUCAAGUCGAGUCGGGAAUAUGCGUGGGUCUUGUGGAGGGAAGGCCGCCACAAUCCCGGUAUUUCGACAUUGCUAUUCUUGACUGUUGCUUCCAGCUUUGUGUUUUGCUUGUACAAGACAAUGACAGUGCCUACAUUCCUCUUGGAGUCAAGCGCUAUGUGCACUUGUUCGAACCGGCAGCGGGUCGAGACCUGCUUGUGGAAUCAGUUGUUCUUGAUAAGCAAGGAGCCAAAGUGAGAUUUGACAUUCGAAUCUGGGAAUCCAGCGCCGAUGCCAACCGGCCUCCCCGUCUCUGCGCAGUCUGCGAGGAACUCACGGUAUCAAGGUUAGGUUCUGUGGCUUCUGGCAACCAAACAGCAUACGAAACGAUCUACCAAAGGCUGGCAGUUUCGGACGACGAAUGGACGUUUGUCGCUGGGGCUGUGAUGUCUCUUCCCCCCACAGCACCCCGGAAUACUGGCCUUGACCGUUGUGCCUCAGAAAUUCUCCAAGAAUGGAAGGCCGGUUGCCUUGUCGAUGCCGAUGGUGCUCCCACUCCUCGGCAGAACUUUGAAAUUUCACUUCAAGAAACCAGAGAAGAAUCCCGAGUCAGUACCAUCUCAGCGACUGGCAAAAAGCUGUCUGAUUUCCACAGCCAUGCCACUGCUUCAUUAAACAGUUUUCACUCGUCGCCAUUGUCCACCUAUGACCAAGGCUUAUUUUCAUCCAUGACGGAGAUAUUCGAAAUGCUCAUCGAGACACGCCACGUCGUGAAAAUUGCGGUCAUUGUGCCAAGAUCCGAUGCAUUCUUUGUGGAAGCAUUCUCGAAAUCAAUUUCGGCUUUGUCAUUUGACAGAGAUAGCCGAAGUUUUGAGUUUGUCUUCUACUUUGUUGAUGGAGAAGUUCCUGGCCUCCCAAAAGAAGUCGUGCGAGGCCUUUCUGCAGGAGGGAUCUCCAGCCGAUCAGAAGUAGUCGCACCUGACCUUGAAAGCUUCCAGUUCCCAGAACAUGACGUCAGCGACUGCCAAGCACUUGUUUCUGUCAACAUUCAUCGGACUUUGGUACUUCGACAGACUCUUAGCCGCUUUUCAGAGCUCCUAAGCCCAAAGGGUUUUCUUCUCAGUGCCGAAACAGUGAGUGUAUACCAGCCAGGACUUUUGACUGUCGCCGCUCACGAAUCGUGGUGGUCCCAUGAUGAUGAAAGGCCAGGCACGUACCCUUGGCUUUCAGUCGACCAAUGGAAGGGAGCUUUGAGGCAGUCACCAUUCGACACGGGCAGCUUCAUUGCAUCCAAGGUUCUCGAAAAUGAGUUCGUUUCCAUGUGCUUGAUCACCAGUCGAAUCGCACGAGUCAAGCCCCCCAAAGACCAGAAAAGCCUCAUGGUCAUGCUUGGUUCGUACGGCCGAGAUUCUUUCAGGAACAUUUCUGCCAAGUGCGAGCAAAAGGGAAGACAGGUUAUCAAGUUGGAGUCACCGUCGGUGGAAGACUUCCAGUGCAGCCUAGCACAGGCACAGUCUGGGCUUGGGUCUUAUGCAAACAUAAAUCUAUUUGUCGUUCCCGAACUAUUGACGCAUGGCUCCCCAGAUGUUGUGUGGCGUCUGAUGGCGUUCUUGCAAGCCUUCGCAACUGAGAUGCGCCGCACAAGGGGUACAUCCAAGCCGAAGACCAUUGUCUUACUUGGCAAUGGCCCUUCUUGUCAUGCUGUUGUCGGGCUCUGUCGCGCGGUGAAUCAUGAGCUAGACAUCAAUCUCCGCUUACUCUGGUUCCAAGACGAGGUGAGGAGCCCUCUGAAUACUUCAGGGAUAGCCACCACCUUGCUUUCUUCGUUCUCUUUCUCGCAGCCGGAAGUCUGCGUGAAAGGUGGGCGAUGCUACGUGCCCAAGAUUGUCCCUUUCGUACAAAUGAAACCAGGCAUGAGUACACCAACUCCAGCGGAGAGUGACAACGAAUGGUGCCUUGAGACGCCAUCCCUUCUUGGCAAUGUCAUUACAUUGAAAGAUGCGUUCUUCGGUCAGCAUGUGCAACGGUCAAGAAAGCCUGCAAAAGAUUCUGUUCGUAUUAGAGUCAAGGCUGUAGGCCUGAAUUUCAAGCACGUCAUGAUCCUGCUUGGCAUGCUCCAGGGAUACGACCUUGAGAAUUCUGGAGGUGAAUGUGCUGGAAUUAUUGAAGAUAUCGGGGACGAAAAACUGGCUGCUGAACAUGGUCUGAAAGUUGGCGACGAAGUCGUUGCCCUGCUGCGCUCAUCUGGAAUCAGUUCAACGGUUGACACGUUCGCAAGCUGGACAUUCCGUCUGCCGAAUGGCAUGUCCUUCGAAGAAGCUGCAACUAUUCCCUUGUGCUUUGCAACGGCUUACUAUGGCCUGGUCAAGAAGGCUCAAAUAGAGAAAGGCGAAACAGUUCUCGUGCAUUCUGCAGCAGGAGGUGUGGGAAUUGCGGCCAUUCAAAUUACUCAAAUGAUGGGCGGCCAUGUGAUAGCAAGUGUGUCGUCAGAAGCGAAGCGAAACUCCUUGAGGAAGAACUUUGGCGUCGUAGAUUUUGUACAGUCUCGCUCGCUAGACUUUGAGCAACAAGUCUUGGAGAUCACGGAUGGCAAAGGAGUUGACAUUGUGCUGAACUCACUGGCAGGAGAAGCACUACAGGCUGGAGUUCGAUGCCUUGCCCCUUGCGGAAGAUUCAUCGAAAUCGGAAAAAUUGACAUUCUCAACCACUCACAGCUCCCUCUCACGGGUUUUGAACAUAACCUUUCAUUCUUGUCUUGUCAUCUCGAUUUCUUGAUGAAAAAUGAUGUCAAGAUUGCCAAGUUGCUGCGGGAACUUUUCCAAUGCUUUUAUGACGGCCAACUCAAGCCCCUCAUUCAUAGUACGAGUCCUGUUUCAGCUGCUCUUUCUGAAGCACAAAGGAUGAGCCAAGGCAAGCACAUUGGAAAGAUUGUACUGACAAUGGCUAGUGAGACCAACACGGCUGACCCAAUUCUGAGCAACGACGUUCCGUGCAAGCCAUCUCGAGUACAUAGAUUCCGUCCUGAUGCGUCCUACAUGAUUACUGGCGGCCUGGGAUCUGUUGGUUUGGCUUUAGCCGAAGCCAUGGCUCAAUCAGGGGCUGGAAAGAUUGUCUUAGUAAGCAGGAGGCCUCCAAGGACGUACUGGCAGAAGAAGUUGAUUGAUCGCGUUCAGGCCCUUGGUAGUAGUGUGACGGUACAAUGUCUGGACGUUGGCAAUGCAGAAGCCGUCCAAGAACUGGUAUCAAGUUGCUCCACCAGAGAAUAUACGCUCAAAGGCGUAAUUUGUUUGGCAGGCGUCACCGAUGACGGCACGUUCGAGAGUAUGACGGCCGGGAAAGUGGAUAAAGUAAUGAAACCCAAGAUGGGCGCGGAGAACUUUCACCUGGCAACCAAGGAUCAUGGGAUGAACCUAGACUUCUUUUUGAUGACCAGCUCCAUUGUUGCGGCAAUUGGAAACAUUGGCCAGGCCAACUAUGCAGCUGCAAACCACUACCUCACAGGACUAAUGAGAAUCCGCCACUCACAGGGUCUCCCAGCGGCUGUCAUCGAGCUUGGUGCUGUAGUUGGCGAGUUUGGAUCAGGUAUGAUCCAAGAUGCAAGUUUGAUCCAGGUACUAAAGUCUCGGGGGAUCCAUACCAUUUCUUUGAAGCAAGCUGUUGAUGGUCAUCUCGAGCUAAUGACCCAAUCAAGCAGAAACCGCCAUGUUAUCCACGCCAACGUAAGCUGGAACCUGGAAAACUACCCUCCUAGCAUUUCGAAACGGUUUUCUCAUCUGGCAGCCAAUGGUAUCUACCAACCAACUGAUCAAAGCUCCCAAGAUGCACCAGGGCAAACCAUCGAAGAAGCGCGCGAGAAGAUCAUCAACGAGCUUUCGGAUAUUCUGCAAGUCAACCCAGCUGAUGUUGAACCUGAAAUGGCACUUUCCAAUUAUGGUCUCGAUAGCCUUGGUUCUGUUCAGCUGAUCAACUUUCUCAAGGGUGAAUUGGGUAUCACAGCCACUCAGUUUGACAUUCUUGGCGCUGCAACCGUCAAUUCCCUGCUAGGGAAAAUGCAGUCCAAACCGCCGUCUCCGCCAGCAACAAAUAGCAUCUCCGAAAGGGAUACACCGCCCGCCGCUGAUACCAUCGCUGUUACAGAGACAUCUCAGCCGGAACGCAACAUCGCUGAAACCACCAGACCCGGUAUGACACCAACGAAAACGGCUCAAAAGCUCAAAAGGAAUCAGUCGUGGGACGAGAGUGCAGCCGCCACUGAGUCGUCGUCUAGUUCUAGUAGUGAACAUGGAAAUGGCAGCACCGUUGAUUUUUCUGGCGCUUCCGGGCUAGGGCUUGAUCAAGAUCCAGCUGCUGAAGCCGGCGGCCCUGUUGUACUUUUGACAGGUGCCACUGGGUUCAUAGGUGGCCGACUUCUCGGAGAGUUGCUGUCGUUGAGCGACAAUAAUGUUCGGGUGGCAUGUUUGGUGCGCUCCAAGUUAGACCACAGCAGCAUGUCCAUGAAGAAACAAGAUGCCAAGCAGAGACUCCAAGCGUCGCUCGAGAAGCACGGCUUCAGCCUCGUGGAAGAAAGGGUCAUCGUGUUCAUCGCGAAAGACAACUUCCUGAGUAUGGAAGAGGAAGAUAUUCAAUUUUGCGAGGACCAUGUCACGUCCAUCAUUCAUCUUGCCGCUUGGAUCAAUUGGGGCAUGAACUUGUCCGAACACCAAGAGACCAACGGCCAGCAAGUCCGGAAUAUAUUUAAUGUGACCAAACGAGUGGGAGCUCGCCGAAAGAUUGGCUUUCAUUUCAUGUCGUCCACUGCCGUCACGUCUGCUGCGUUGUCCAUUCCAGAAACCUUUCAUUUACCAGUGCACCGUGCGGUUUCCGGGUACGGGCAAUUCAAAUGGCACAUGGAACAAUGGUUGGUGCAAGAGGCCAAGAGUUAUCCGAAUCGAAUCUUUUGUUUCUGUUACCGGACUCCAUUUGUGAUUGGCCGGCAUGUUCAGCCUACUACGGUCCCCUCUGCCCUGAUCCAAGGUGGUACCGCAUUGAAAUGCAUGCCCGACUUUCAAUCAUGCCUUCCAUUGUAUCCCCUGGAUGCCCUGUGCCAAGCCACAGCCUUGUGCGCGUUGAGUUCCCCCGAAGUAACUGCCCAACUCUUGAAUCCCAAUAACCCAGGUAACGUCAAAGUCCUUCAUUUGACUCUGCCUCGACCAAUGAGUCCCCGAGAACAAAUGAAGCUGUUUGGCAGUGCCGGAGCAGAUGGCACGGAUCGCAUCCUGCCAGUCGACGUUUAUUGUAAAGAAUUGAAUCACUCCCUAUGGACCUGCAAUCCAACCAAUUCCCGCUCUCUCAAAUCGAUCCGAUCCGUGCUCCAGUUGGUGCUCAAGCCUCUGUCAUUCUCCGAAGAGGAAGGUGCCGGCAGUUUUGACACGCAGUACACCACGUCUGCCUUGACAAAGCUGGCCAAACAGAACUUUCCCAACGCGACAAUUCAAGAUUUUGGAGAUGUGACGCUGUCCCAAGACUUGUUGGCCGAGUACAUUCAGUCGGCCAAGAUGCAUUGGAAAAAGAGCGCCGCUGCUUAAAAGGAUUUCGUGGUUCAACAGAAGCCGAGAGCAGAGCAAAAGCAGCUGCAUCAUGAGGCCAUGUUUUUAUCCUCCUAGAGAAAUACGUUCUCGCCUUUCUCGGUCCCCAAACAAGCAAUGGAGGAGAGUUAGUUUCCUUGUUUCGGUCCCACAUUUUGGUGCAUUCCUUGAGCUUGUGGUCGGACCGGGUGUCUUUGCGUGUGGUUGGCCCGAUGUCUCAUUGAUCCUGCUGGAAGUAUGGUAUCGUAUAUAACUGUAUGUCAUUUAUUGGUCCGCGAAGCCAAUUUCUUCUUGUAGAGCAUGUUACGGUACCGU